AUGGACACCGACAAAAUCGAGGCUCGACUCGCUCCGCUGCGGCGCGCGAUUGCCCAACACACGCGCUUAGCGACUGCCCAGGCCGACCCUGCUACUGCGCGUGCGCCCCCCUGGUCAUGGAUGCGCGCGUGCGCGGUCCAGACGGACGUAGGCCCCUUAGCGAAAAGCCGAGGAGUAGAGGGUCUGAAAUGCCACGGGAAGAUGAGGGAACUCUGUGGAAGACUGGAUGGAGGAAAUAAUUGGCUGGUGGAAGGACCCUUGCGAGAAUGCGCCAUCGUGUGGGCAGGGAAGCAGCUGAAGAGGGAAUCACCCCCGAUUCCAGCCUUUAGGUGGCGGGGCAGUGGGCGGAGCCAAGGGGCGGUCUCGCGGGAGACCAGUUUGGCGGGCGCCGGAGGCCUGCGUGGGCUGAGGGGGCGGGGCUUCUACUGGAGUGUUGUGCUCCGGCUCCCGCGUGGGGAGCUUAGGUGGGCCCCGGGCUGGCCGGCAGGGGGUAGGCCUGCGGAGUGUGGGGCGGCGUCCGGCGUUCUCGCUCCCCGGCUCCGUCAGACUGGUGUCGGGACCCCCACCCCAAAACUGAAUCGGACAACGAAAAUUGAAGCAGAUGUUCCUGGAAAAUUACAGGCUUGUUUUGAUCCACCUCUUGAAGUGGUUCCCACCAGGAACCCAAUCACGUGCAACAAAAGGGCAGCUGACCCAGUCCAUCCUGACCUUGCUGGUUUGUUGGUGAAAUACAAGAAUCUUUUAGCUGAGCUAAGAAAUCUUCAAAACAAACUUUUCAUAAAAGAAACUUCAUUGCAAGAGAUGAAGAAUGAGCUAGAAAGUUACAAAGAAAAGAAUGUGCAACAGUCAUUCCACAUAAUGUCCCUGAAAGAUGGUAUCAAGGACCUAGAAGAACUUAUUGCUUCUCUAACCAGAAUUAAAUCUUUGAAAGACACCAAUAUUCAGAGUCUUGAAAGAGGCAACUGGGAUCUAACUAGAAGAAUUAUAGAACUAGAAAACCUUCUAAGAGUACAUCUGAUUGAAAGAAAAAAAGCAGAGGGAAAAGCAGACCUUUUGGAGAAAAAGUUAGCAGAUGUUAACAGAUUCACCCCUUAUAUGAGUAUGAAAGAACAAGAAGACAGUUUCAUGAUGAAGGACAAAGAUGAAGCUAUCCUGGUCAAGAACUUUGAGAGAGACAACACUUUUCACUCUGAAGGACCAAAAGAUGGACAGAAAAUUUGGGAUAAAUGUCAACAAGAUUUGGUCCAUAAGGAAAAACAAUUACCUGAGUUAGACAGACCUCUGUAUUCAUUCAGCUGGGAAACUAAAACUGUGCCAUCCCUCUAUCAGAAAUUCCUCAGUCAGUUGUCUACUCUUCCCAGCAACAGUGUUGAACCCAUACCAGCCACAGAGGAAGGUGUGAAAGAGAGCAUUCAGGAGACUUGUGCAAAUGAGCAAUCUUGGAAGUCUAGAUCUGAAGGCCACCAUCAGGAAGUUCAGAUGCUCACUAAGCAAUUGGAGAAGCAGUAUCAUCACUGUGAAGAAACUGCUGGAGAAUCAUCUGACACUGAGGAAAAGUAUAAGGAACAAAAGAGACCCUUGAAAAGUCUGAAAGGAAAAAUUGCUAUUAAUGAUCUUUUUCCAGGGAGAUUAGACUUGGACACGAAUAAAGAAAACUCCCAGACUAAGAUUUCCCAGAUGGAGCAUGGCAAAACAUUCAAGCAGCUAGAGAAAGACAACAAGCAAGAAACAUUAAUGAAAAUUCAGCAGAAUUUGAAGGUUGCUACAACUCAAAGAUUAGAGGAGAAAAUUCAUAAACUUCAGAAACAGCUCAGUGACUUUAAAUUGUCAAAUAGAGCUAUGAAAACUCAACUGACAAGAGUAAAUGUCCUUAAAGACAAAACAAUUGAGAAGCUCAGGCAAUCUUUAACAAAAGUUGAAGCAAUGAAAGGGAAGGCAGUUAUGGAAACAGACUUGGAAACUACAGUAGACUCUGCUGAGCAAGAUGCAAGGUGGGACAAAGAGAGGGCCCAUCAAAUGUUAGAAACUGUCACUCCUGAGCUCUGCACAGCAAAGAGCACACCUGAAGAAGUACCGGGACAACAAGAAGAGCUUGUUGACUUUUGAGAAACUAUUAAGAAGAUGUUGGGAUUUAACAUGAAAACAGCAGACAAGAAAAUCAUCAAUCACCUAAGGCUUAUACAAGUAUAUGAAGCCUCUGACAAAUCAAAGAUUGCUUCUGCGUGUGAGACUGAAUAGGAUAAUGAAUAAAGAAUUUCUGCCAACCAGAACUCAGCAGACAUGGACAUUUCCUCCAGCAUCUUGAAUAU